AUGGGGUUUUGGAAGAGGCUCAUUGAGAUUCUCGUCUUCUCCUCUGAAUUCAAGGGGCAAAGCAGAAUAACAUCUCAUCUGCCCUCACUUGGACGUGUUGGACCGCUAAGCGACAGCUUCCCAAAGCCUGCCGGCUCGUGCAACACCCCCAAGAAUCGUCAGUGCUGGACCACUAAUGGGGAAGGUUUCGAUAUUACGACCGACUAUGAGACCAAGACCCCCGAGGGGGAGAUACGAGAGUUUUAUUUGGUAGCCAGCAACGAAGAAAUCGCCCCUGAUGGAUACAAAGUCCAACGUAUGCUGUUCAACGGAACGUAUCCCGGACCAACUCUGGAAGGCAACUGGGGCGACACGUUUAGAAUUACUGUCUACAACAACCUCACCAAUUACAAUGGAACUUCUAUUCACUGGCACGGCAUCAGACAGCUGAACACCAACUGGAUGGAUGGUGUAUCGGGAGUGACCGAAUGUCCUAUUCCUCCUAAAGAAAAAAUCACAUAUGAGUGGAAAGCCCAGCAGUACGGCGUGUCUUGGUAUCACAGCCACUUCAGUCUUCAAUAUGCCGAUGGGCUGGUGGGAGCCUUGAAGAUCAACGGCCCGACCAGUAUGAAUUACGACGAGGAUCUUGGUCCUGUGUUGAUCACCGACAACUUCCACAAAACUGCUUUCUCUCAGGUCCAGCUUGAAUACAUGGGUCGCCCGCCUUCACCAGACAGCAUGUUGAUGAAUGGCAAGGGCAAAUACCAUUGCUGCUCCAGGUGUCCCAGAGCCGAUGAAAACUGCGUUGGCGGGUCGGAACGCGAGUCUUUCAACUUUAAAAAGGGCAAAACUUAUAAGAUGAGCCUUGUUAACACAGCAACAUCGACGCACACUACAUUUUGGAUCGACAAGCACAACUUCACUGUCGUCGCUGCGGACUUUGUUCCAAUCAAGCCCUACACUGCAUCCAUCAUCAACGUUGCCAUUGGACAACGCUACGACAUCAUCAUCGAAGCCAAUGCUACGGAAACUGACACGACAGAGACGGACUUUUGGAUUCACGCGCGAGAUUGCUCAAUUGGGGGUGCUCCUUCCAACCUCGGUAUCAUUCGCUACGACCCCGAAUCCACCUACAUCCCGCAUACUCCUCCAGUAGACGACAGGCACGUCUGUUACGGUUGUCUAGACGAAUUGGCCAAGGAUCUCGUGCCUAUGGUCAAGAGGACGGUCGACGCUCCUGCCAACGCCAAUUACCAGAACGAAUCAUUCAAGGUCCAUCUCGUUGGCUAUCCUGAUGAGACUGCACAGAAGUCCGACCUUCACAAAUGGGUGCUCAAGGAUUCAUCCCUUUAUCUGGACUGGUCUGAGCCGAGUCUUAGCUUGGCCAAGGUUGCCUUCGACAAGGACUGGAAACGACCCAGAUUCCCUCCCGGCUACGAGCCUGUGUAUCUGGAACAGCCUCAAGGCAAGUGGGUUUACUGGCUCAUCGAGGGUAAGUUCCAGGAGUCUCUCGACAACUCAACCAAAAAGAUAUACAAGACACAGGCUCCGGUGGCUCAUCCUAUGCAUAUCCAUGGUCAUGACUUCGUCAUUCUCGCUCAAAGUGACAAAGAACUCAAUGGUACCAUCGACAUCCCCAAAGAGAGGCUCGACAACCCCGCACGACGUGAUGUGGCCCUCUUACCAGUCAACGGAUACCUUCUCAUCGCCUUCGAAAUCAACAAUCCAGGAAUUUGGCUCAUGCAUUGCCAUAUCGCCUGGCAUGCCAGUGGUGGACUCGCGCUCCAGUUUAUCGAAUCUCCAGACAAGAUCGGGCCUAUGUUCAAGGACUCUGGUAGGGUGCCACAGUUCUCCGAAACUUGUACAAACUGGGCCGCACACUACACCUUGUUCAACAAGAAUCAUGACGCCGAACAGGAUGACUCUGGCAUCUAA